CCGGACCCCGGUCGCGAGUGUUUUUUCGUUGCUGCAGCAGUGCGACCAUAGAUCGAGGAGCGGCGAUGGCUACCGUAUCGGCGAUGGCAGCAAUGGCCAAGCAAGAGCUCCGGAGCAUGAUGGAGAGCGACGAGGCCGACGACAUUGGCUCGGACGCAGCGACGACGAGCAAUGCAUCGGCGCCCUUGAGCCCGUCGCCUGCGCCGACGCGCCGUGCGCGGACGCGGUCGUCGUCCUUGUCGGCCAAGAGCGGCGGGGAAGACAACGACGAGUACGACGCGCACUCGGAGAUGGGCACGCCGUCCAAGGCCCGCCCGCACGCGAUGAGCACCGCCGAGACGAACGGCCUCCGGCGCAACGUCAAGGUCGUGGUCCAGCGCACGGCCGACGUCGAGCAGCGCCUGCCGCAAAUGGUCGACAAGAUUGGCACGAUCGUCGAGACGCCGCGCCAUCCCAACACAUGGUUCCGCGUCCGCUUCGAGAAUGGCAAGGUGCUCACGUUCCGCGCGUCGGGCCUCCGGCCACUCCGCGACGCCCAAGCCGACGGGCUGCAUCUCGACCAACAGCUCGCCGACGACGACGACGACCGUAUGCACGUCGACGACGACGCUGACGCUGACGACGAGAUGCACGACGCCAAGUCGUCCUUCGCCAAGGGCUCGCGCGUCACGCUCAAGCUCGACGACGCGGCCAAGCGCAACAAAGACCUCAAGCCGCUUAACGGCUCGGCCUGCACGAUCCUCGAGGUGCUGCCGUCCGGGUACAAGGUACAGCCGACCAACGACCCGUCCAUGACGCGCAUCGUCAAGCGCAAGCUCCUCCGUCUGCUCGAGGAUGACGCAACUGCGACCGACGACGACGCCAAGAAGAGUGCCACGACCAACGACGAAGCCGACUCGGACGGCGACAACGACGACGACAACGACUACGACCCGAUGUCGUCCAAGGCGGUCGCCGCCGACGCUCGCCGCAAGCCCAAGAAGAAGGACCAGGGCACGUUUCUCUCGGACAUUGACACGGAGAUGUGGAUCGGCCGCCGCGUCCGCAUCAACGUCGGCAAGUACUCGGGGCAGCCGGCGAUCGUCUUGAAGUCGGGCAACGGCUGGGUCCAGCUGCAGGUCGACGACCCCAUGGCCCCCAAGACGGCCAAGCGCGCGUACGAGCUCACGCUGCUCGAAAGCGUCGACGCCAUUGCGCUCCUCCCGCCGUCGUCGAAACCCGACGGCAGCGAGAUUGACGAAACGGGCACCAACGCUGGCGACAGCGACGUGGCCGCCGCGGACGACUCGAACCUCGACUCGCAAGACGACGAGCGCAAGGGCGGCGCGCUCUCCCGGCGCCGCGGCCACUACGGCGUCUCAUGGAUCGAGCGCAAGGUGCUCUUGCCGGCCAACGGCGGCAGCGGUAUCGUCAAGAAGGCGGACCGCGAGACGUGCACGGUCGAGGUCGACAACAUCUCCAAGACGCUCAAGGUCUUUCGCAAGUCGGACCUUGUCCUUAUGGAAGAAGACGUGGUGCAGCGCAGCCGCCGCACGACGACUACCAACGGCAACAACCGCAACGCCAAGGGCCUCCACCUUCCCGAAGGCGCCGUCCUCAUGGGCAUCACGUCGACGCGGUACGCCAUGUUCCAGGACCAAGUCAAGAAACACGUGAUGCGGCGACGGGACAAGAUCAAGCACCGUCCGAACCUUCGCGACUGGCAAGCGGCCCUCGACAUGCAGUACACGCAGGUCACGGACCUCCACGACGAGCUCUCGCCGACGAUCGACCUCUUCUUGGUGGCGUCCUGCACGCUCUGCGGCGUCGAGAAGGAUCUGGACGGAAGCUGCUGGAACGAAGCAUGUCCGCGCUGCUCGGUGUGGAAUCCACUUGCGCCGGCCUCGCUCGCGUACAGCCGUCUGCCCAAGGUGCCACUUUUGGACCCGCGCACGAACCGAACGCUCCACGCCGACGCCACAGACCAUGUCACGGUGCUUCGUGUCGAGCCCGAGCCGCCGUUGCCGGUCGUGGUCGACGACGACGCGUCACUCCUCAAGCGCAAGCGCGUCGAUGACGCGGACGUGGUCACCCAAGACGCGCCGGUUGCCCAGCCCCCGAAGAAGCAGCCAAUCAAUGUGGUGUUUCGAGAGCAGCAGAUGAAGAAGCCGGUCGUGGCGUCGCCGCUCAAGCCAUUGCCGACACCGCCCAUGACGACGUCGCUCAGCAGCAGCAGCAACAUGAUCAGCAACCUGAACAACAACAACAGUCCCAAGCCCGCAAUAGUACCGACGACGACGGCGCUGCCAACGGCCUCCUUUCGCCCGCAGUACGAGUCGGUCUUUGGGAAGAAAGGAUAGUAGGUAGCUCGCCGAGGCUGUAAGUACAAAUACAUAAUCUCGCUCGA